CCGGCCCCGACGACUACUUCCGCGUUUCCUGAAUCCGAACCGCGGUGGAGAAACAUGAGAACCCCUGUUCACCUGCAUUGAACCAUCACCCCCCAUCAUAUAAGUACCAAAAUUUUUACCCCCAAGCUGGUAGCGUGUCCGAGGAAGGCGCUGAGCUAGGCCCCUCGGUGGUGGAGGUACAAGGGAAGUAUGUGGUCUCUUGUCGCCUCCAAUCCGAAAGUAGCUUUCGUUGACGGUUUUCUCACUAUGGAUCCAUUUCAUUCUUUCCCUGGCGUCCAAGUUCUCUAUGUUGACCCCUCGCAGUGUCCCAUUCUUGUCCUGCCAUCGGUCGAGCAUUAUGUUGGACACUCCCAGAAGACGCAUGAGGCGCGGCCUUUUUGUCUUAUCUGGAUUUAAACAUUCCUUGAGGAGAUUGACGAGCUGUGAACUGUACAUUGCGCCUCUAUAAGGAUAGUCGUUGAACAAGGCUUCGUGGUCUAUCUCAUGCAAUGGGUAUUCUCCAGGGGUGCCCUCUUCC